UUUUGUUGUUAAGAGAAGAGAUGAAAUGUUCUGGCAGUGCCAUUUGUAUUAGCGUGACUCGUUCAAGAGAAGGAGAAAAACCCUCUUUGGGAACAAACGAAGGAAGAAUGGAGGUGAUACCGGUGCCUUGUUUGGACGACAAUUACGCCUAUCUGAUAAUCGAUGGAGCGAGCAAGCAGGCAGCGGCGGUUGAUCCCGUGAAACCCGAGAGCGUUUUAUCGGCAGCCAAGAAGCAUGGAGCCCAAGUGACCAUGGUUCUCACCACCCACAAGCACUGGGACCACGCUGGAGGUAACAACGAGAUCAAGAAGCUCGUCCCAGGGAUCAAAGUCUUCGGUGGUGCCAAGGAUAAUGUGGAAGGCUGCACGGAUCCUCUGGAGCACGGAGCGGAGCUUGAGCUGUCCAAGGAUGUGAAGAUCAAGGCCCUCCACACUCCAUGCCAUACCAAGGGCCAUAUCAGCUACUUUGUCACCCACAAGUCUGGAGAUCCUGCCGUCUUUACUGGCGACACUCUGUUCGUCGCCGGCUGUGGCAAGUUCUUCGAAGGCAAAGCUCAGGAUAUGUACCACUCUCUGUCCGAAGUUCUAGCCGAGUUGCCUCCGGCUACUCGAGUCUUCUGCGGACACGAGUAUACCGCCAAGAACUUGAAGUUCGCCAUGUCUGUCGAUCCCCACAAUGAUGCUCUUAAGCAGAAGGUUGCCUGGACGGAAGAGCAGCGUCGGAAUCACAAGCCUACGGUCCCGUCAACCAUCCGAGAGGAGCUCCAGACCAAUCCCUUCAUGCGUGUUAACGUGAAGGAGUUCCAAGUCCAUAUGGGAGAGAGCGAUCCGGUUGAGCUGCUGGCGUCGUUGAGAGCCGCCAAGGAUCAGUUUAAAGGCUAGCUCCCUCUGUCUGGAUCCUUGAGAUGAUAAAUGAUAAGUUGGCUUCCUCGAAA